AUGUCAGAGUUCAGAGCGUUUAGUGCUCCGGGGAAAGCCUUAUUGGCCGGUGGGUACUUGGUCUUAGACCCGAAAUAUGAAGCACUUGUAGUCGGAUUAUCAGCUAGGAUGCAUGCUGUAGCAUAUCCUUAUGAUUCCUUGCAAGAACCGGACUCCUUUGAGGUGCGUGUGAGAAGUAAGCAGUUCAACAAUGGAGAAUGGCUCUACCGUGUAAGUCCUGAAACAGGAUUCGUUCCUGUUUCAACAAGCGGAUCUAAGAAUCCUUUCAUCGAAAAAGUUAUUGCCAAUGUUUUCAACUACUUCAAGCCUAACAUGGAAGACUACUGCAGCCGAAACUUGUUCAUUAUUGACAUAUUCUCUGACGAUGCCUACCAUUCUCAGGAGGACAGCGUUACAAAAGUUCAUGGCAGCAGAAGGUUAAGUUUCCACUCUCACAGAAUUGAAGAAGUACCCAAAACAGGGCUAGGCUCCUCUGCUGGUUUAGUUACAGUUUUGACUACGGCGUUGGCUUCUUUUUUUGAACCAAAGCUGACAAAUAAUGUGGAGAAGUACAGAAACGUUAUUCAUAACUUAUCACAAGUCGCCCAUUGUCAAGCUCAAGGCAAAAUUGGAAGUGGAUUCGAUGUAGCAGCCGCUGCAUAUGGUUCUAUUAGAUAUAGAAGGUUCCCACCCGCACUGAUUUCUAAUUUACCAGAUCUUGGAAGCGCAGUUUAUGCCGAUGAACUCACUCACUUGGUUGACGAGGUAGCUUGGAAUAUUACCAUCAAAAGUAACCAUCUCCCCUCAGGAUUAGUUUUAUGGAUGGGCGACAUUAAAAGUGGUUCAGAAACGGUAAAACUUGUUCAGAAGGUGAAAAAAUGGUACGAUUCACAUACACCGGAAAGUUUAGAGGUAUAUGCAGAGCUUGAUCAUGCAAAUUCUAGGUUCAUGGAGGGACUUUCUAAAUUAGACAAUCUAUAUGAGUCUAAUAACGAUUAUUGUGCCGAAGUGUUUGAGUCAAUAGAAAAGAAUGAUUCCACUUGUCAAAAGUAUUCGGAAAUUACGGAUGUUAGGGACGCUGUUGCUACGAUUAGACGUUGUUUCAGAAAGAUAACAGAAGAAGCUGGAGCUGACAUCGAACCGCCUGUACAAACAAAAUUGUUGGAUGAUUGCCAGACUUUGAAAGGUGUUCUUACAUGCUUAAUACCUGGUGCUGGUGGUUUUGAUGCCAUUGCAGUGAUUGCGACGCAAAGUGUUGACCUCAGAGCUCAAACUGCAGGCGAUGAAAGGUUUUCUAGUGUACAAUGGUUAGAUGUAUCCCAAGCUAAUUGGGGUGUCGGAAAAGAAGAGGAUCCAGAAACAUAUCUAGAUAAAUAG